CCAACUCCCCCUUCCAUUUUGUUGCCUUCACGUCCCCAGCACUCCGCGCGAAUGCAGGUCUGAUCUCGGGGAAGCCGAAGCUUCCGUACGCCGCCAUGCUCGGCGGCCAUCUGCUCCUGCCAUGGCUUCUCGCUCUCGCCUUCGCCGCUCCGGCGGCGGCGGCGGCGGCGGCCUCGCUCGCUCGUCCCGCACCGCUCGCAAUGCGCAUCAGCUGUGGAGCUCGUGAGGGUGUACACACGCCCCCGACCAAUACUCUGUGGUUUAAGGAUUUUGCAUAUACAGGAGGUAUACCGGCUAAUGCAACGAGACCAAGUUUUAUAACUCCUCCGCUUAAAACCCUCCGUUACUUCCCUUUAUCUGAAGGACCUGAAAAUUGCUACAACAUUAAUGGCGUUCCGAUCGGCCACUAUUCCGUGAGGACCUUCUUUGGAUUAGUUGUACAGCCUAGUUUUGACAAUGAACCCCUGUUUGACAUUUCUGUCGAAGGCACUCAGAUUGGUUCUCUAUCAUCCGGGUGGACUGACCAUGAUGACCAAGUAUUUGCUGAAGCCAGUGUAUUCCUUGCUGAUAACACUGCUUCUCUUUGCUUCCAUAGCACUGGCCAUGGGGAUCCUGCAAUUGUUUCGAUUGAAAUUCUACAAGUUAAUGAUAGGGCAUAUUAUUUUGGACCCAACUGGGGUCGAGGGACGAUUCUUAGAACAGUCAAAAGACUAAGUUGUGGCAAUGGGAAGCCAAAAUUUGAUGCAGAUUAUAGUGGGGAUCAGUGGGGUGGGGACAGGUUUUGGGAUUCAGUUACAACAUUCCGCUCUGGCUCUGACCGGGAGAGAUCUACAGAAGAAAGCAUUACGCAGACUUCACUUCCUCCAAAUUAUUAUCCUGAAGGUCUCUAUCAGACAGCAAUUAUUGGCACUGAUCUGCUGCCAGAUUUAGAAUAUACAAUGGAUGUGGACCCUAACAGCAACUACUCCGUCUGGUUACAUUUUGCUGAAAUAGAUGCUUCAGUUACGGGAGCAGGACAAAGAGUUUUUGAUGUUCUAAUCAAUGGUGAUACCAUUUUUCAAGGUGUAGACAUAAUAAAGAGGAGUGGGGAUCGUUAUGCCGCUCUAGUGUUGAAUACUACUGUUCCCGUUAGUGGGAGGACUUUGACAAUCAGAUUGCUACCAAAAGAAGGCAACAUUGCGAUAAUUAAUGCCAUCGAAGUCUUUGAAAUCGUCAUAGCUGAGUCAAAAACUUCAGUGGAUGAAGUUAGGGCUCUACAGAGUCUGAAGGACGGAUUGAUGCUUCCUCUUCGAUUUGGGUGGAAUGGUGAUCCAUGUGUUCCCCAGCAACAUCCAUGGAGCGGCAUUGACUGUCAAUUUAACAGUACCCACAACAACUGGGUCAUUGAUGGACUCGGGCUGGACAACCAGGGUUUGAGGGGUUUCUUGUCGCCAAAUGUAUCUGGAUUGCAACAUCUACAGAGCAUAAACUUGAGUGGAAACAGCAUUCAAGGGCAUAUUCCGUCCUCUUUGGGUACAAUAGCUAGCUUGGAGAUAUUGGACCUCUCCUACAAUUCCUUAAAUGGAUCGAUUCCAGAAAGUCUUGGACAGUUAACAUCCUUGACGAAACUGAAUCUCAAUGGGAAUUUCUUAUCAGGGCAAGUCCCUACAGCCCUAGGAGGCAGGCUUCUGCACGGAGCAAGCUUCAAUUUCACUGACAAUGCUGGUCUUUGCGGCAUACCUGGCCUUCCCACGUGUGGUACCCACCUUUCAGCAGGUGCAAAGGUUGGCAUUGCCUUCGGUGCCUGUGUGGCAUUGCUACUCCUUGUCGUGUGUUCUGUGUGUUGGUGGAAAAGGCGCCAGAACAUUCUCCGGGCUCAGCAGAUCGCUGCAAGAGAAGCUCCCUAUGCCAAAGCGAGGACACAUUUUUCGCGCGACAUCCAACUGGCAAGACAUCAUAACCACGGUCAUGCUCGUUCCACUACCGAGAACGGGCCUAGCUUGCUCUCAUGACAGGUUCCACGAAUCUAGUACAGUCGAAGUCAUCCAUCUUACUGCUUGGACACACGGUGCCGGGGACAUGAGCCAAGCAUGACCGGUCAGUUGAUUUGCCCUUGCUACUAGUGAUUUUACAGCCGAGUAACAGGCAAGAGAGCUGAUGUUUCGGAAAAUUCUCGUUCCACCCCCUUUUUCCCCCUUUAGAUUAUAGGGAAAAGAAGCCAGAGAUCUGUUAUAGACGCUCAUACCCAUCCUAGGUUACACUAUAACCAAAAAAGUGUCUGUAAAUCAUUCCAAUUGUCCGUAAAAUACCGGCAAAUGAAUGAUCAUAGUGUUCAU